AUGCUUUCCCGAACCACACGAGCUUCACUCUUCCGCCUGCAGCGCAGCGCAGCUCCUGCAGCCAACAACUCCUCAUCAAGACCGCGUGUUGUUGCGCUUCAACAGCUUCAAACACCGAGCCAUUUCAUCCAGCAGAAGAACAAGGCUUCGAGUCCUUGCCGCAACUUCCAUUCAACCCCGGCCGUCCACAAGGGGAUUACGCCAGACUCGUCUGACCCGAAACCACCAAACCCACAGCCAACCAACGGCAAUUAUGUUGUUGAAGCAACCCCUUUGUCCGACAAGGAUUACCAUGAGGUCUCAGAACAUUAUCUAGAGGUGUUAUUGGCCGAAGUAGAGCGAGUGCAGGAGGACGGUUCAGAUGUGGAGGCCGAGUACAGUGCCGGUGUCCUCAAUAUCAUCGUCCCUGGAGUCGGCACAUACGUCCUCAAUAAGCAACCGCCAAACCAUCAAAUCUGGCUGAGCUCGCCAAUUUCCGGUCCCAAACGCUACGACUGGGUUCUUCAAGGGGAUAAGAUGUAUGAAAAACAGGAUACUCGAGGCUUUAUCAAUGGGCAAUGGAUCUAUUUGCGCGACGGAUCCAAUUUGACGGAUUUAUUGAAUGAUGAAUUGACCUUGUCGUUGCCGGAGGACCUCUACUCGGUGCAGGAAGAUUAA